UUAUUUAAAAUAUUAUCUAUGGUAAAAUAUCAGCAGAAUAAAUAAAGUACAGCAUUAUCCUAAUAAUUUGAUAAGGAAACAUCUUUAAAAUGCUAGAAAUACUUUUAAACAACAAAUCUAUAACAACUGCAGAAGAUGGUAAAACAUUAUCUACUAUCAAAUCAAGAAUAUUUCAAGAAAUCGGUAUCAGUUUUAAGGACAUUUAUGUAUUAGUUAAUGGUAAACUAUGUUCUGAAGACUUAGUUUUACACAAUUGUAAAGUACACUUUAUGUCAAGAUUAUGUGGUGGCAAAGGGGGUUUUGGUUCUAUGCUUAGGGCAAUAGGAGCCCAAAUCGAGAAAACUACCAACAGAGAGGCUUGCAGAGAUCUCAGUGGUAGGCGAUUGCGUGAUAUAAAUGAAGAACAGAGACUGAAGACAUGGAUAGCACAACAAGCAGACAGAGAGAAAGAAGCUGUAGAACGUAAGAAGAAGAAAUUGGAAAAACUAUGUCAAGAACCAAAAUUUGAAUUCAAAGAUGAAAACUAUGACAAGGAAAGGUCAGAAUUACCAGAAAAGGUCGAAGUUGCUGUCUUAAAAGGCCUACAAAUUGCAACAAGUUCUGGAAUUAGUAAAAAGCGAAAAGGGGAAGGCAGAGGUCCAAAAUCCAAGAAACCUAAACUAUGGGUUGAUGGUGAUUUAGAUGAUGAACUGAGCUUGUCGAGUGAAAAUUCAGAUUCAGACUCAGAAUUGCAAGAAAUAGUUAUAGCAAGCAGUUCAAAAAACCGACUUGAAACUGCCUUAGAAUCUACUAAUAAUUCAGCAUGCAGACAGACUGGACCUGAAAAUGAAGAUGAUGAAAAUGGAAGUAAAAGUGAGGAAAAAAAAUAAUUUAAUGGGAAGGAAAUAUAUACUAAAAUAUAAAUAGGAAUGUAUUUUCUAUAAGAAUAUACAUAAAAAUGAAAUUGCAAUGGUAACCAGCAUUGUCUAUUUCUUGGUUCAAAUAAAACUGAUUGUUUUA